CAGACGCCCAUAGUUACGGCGAGAACGUCGUCGAUAUUUUUCUUCUGCAAACAUUCCUGUGCGUUUGGUUUGGGAUAUCGGGCACUUUUAGUAUACGAAGUUUGAAGCCAAAGUAGCGUAAAAGCCUUACAUGAUAGCGCUCUGUGUGUAUGAGUUACGGUAACAGCGAAAUAGAAAGGCAUAAAGCCGUCGACAUGGGUUUAAAUCUCAUUCUCACGACUUCCCAAAAGUCUUACAAGCGUCCUUGGUUACCGUAAACAAAGGCAUUAUGUAGAUCCUAGUUUUACAUGUUCCGAUAACACACUGGUCUAGACGUCUAAAUCCGGAAGCACGAACUGACAAGUGUUUUCCCGUCAAUCUCUCUCCGAAUUCCGAAGCCGAGACCAGGAUGCCAAACAAACUAAACCCGGUGGACAGUGAGGGCGUUCCUGUGCCCAUGUUCGGCCGACCCAAGUUGGACCCCAUCAAGGCAGGACAACGUCUCUUAAACUUCCCCUUCAUCGACCCUCCCAGGCCCAUCGAGCUGGACUGGUCCUGGCGGAACCAGACACGACCCUGGUCCAACUUCGCACCACCCAGACCGGGAGCGAGCUACUCCUGGCCCACCGAGGCUCCCAACCCGAGGCUCCGACCCGAGCACGGCAAUCCCCGAGGGCCGCAGUGGCCUCCGGAGGAGCAGUGGCCUGCGUACCAGCGACACCCGGCCCCGACGCCUCACACGGCCCGCGAUCCCGUCCCCAAGAUCGGCGAGAAGAACCUGCCCUGGCCAAGGUCUGGCGUGUCGUGGAACGCCGUCACCACCGGCCCGGGGCCCUACUUCGGCGGGACCAAGGUACACGACCCCGAGGGUGACAAACUCUGGUGGUCCCUCCAACCUCAGUCCGGCUGGCCUAGGAUCCCCUACCCGUGGUUCACGGGACGCCCCGAGCACAAGAGCCGCGCCAAGCUGCGCUCCGACGUGCCCGAGGACUACUUCGCCGUGCUGGGCCGACAUCAGAUGAGCUCCCACCUCAUCAACAGGUUCCCGUGGAAGGCGGAGACGGUGCUGUACCAGACCACUAAGGAGGGGUACUCACAUCCUAAAGUAUCAGCUCCUAGAAUUACCGCAUAGGGGACAUGGGGACAAAACUGAACUUACUGGAACAUGCAUUGUACGUGCAUGUUGAAGAAAGACCUGCUACCAAAAAAUGCUCAAGACUCUUUGUAAAGUGGAAAAGUUAGCUGUAUGUAAAGGGAUUUUAAAGAUAAAAGCUUGUCACUUCCAAGUCUUCAAAGAGAAGAUGUUUAAAACAAAUUAUUGUAUUACGAUAUCUUAUGAAGGGUCAAUCUUUAUGCUACCCUAUAUUGCUUAAAACACAUAUAGUUUGUUGUAUAUUUCAGUUACAUAGUAUUACACAGAGAUGUAAUAUGUAUCAUAAGGUCUUCAGACAUGGAUAUGCACAUGAAAGAUGUCAUGCAGGUAAUUACAAGGGUGACACACAUUUUUACUGUGCAUUUGCAUCAUUAUCUUCUGAAAUAUAUGUAGUAGUUGUUGAUCAUAAAAAUUAUUAAUGAAAAUGCUUGAGAUUUUUCACAUUGAGAUUGUUUUGCUGAAGCACAAAUGCUGCUAUGAUUUAUCAACAAAUAUCACUUUGCAUCAAUUAUGCUAAUGUCUUGAAGUAAAUGUAUUUUACAAAAGUAUCUUGCACAAAUAAACAUUUGGCAUUUUAUAACAA